AUGGACACUCCACGCCGAUUGCCCGAUGUGCACUGGAUCUGUCGUGGGUUUAUCCACGCAUUGCGUUUAAGAUUCCGAAGUCUCGAGAAUUCAAACAGAGCAGUUUCUAAAGAGCUCGAAACAUACCGAAUAUUCUCGCAGAGUCCACCUUGUCCGUCUAUUGUUACAAUUGUGGAAAAGCCCGAGCCUCUUUCUUUACGCAAAGAAUGGAUGAAUGACUUCGCUCAAGCUGUCGCAUUGGGAAUCUCCUCACCUCGCUCAUGGCGACUUAUGGCCUGA